AUGAAGCGCACGUUGGAAGAAUUGGAGAAAGACGGAUUGAGCGAAGAGGCAACUUGCAACUUACUCAACGUUUUAGAAGAGUUGCUGGAAAGUUUAGAUAAUGCUCGUGAUUUCCAGAAUCUAAAUGGCUAUCAAAAGAUAAUCGACUUGCUUAACCGUUCUCCGAGCAAUGAGGUGAAGCAGACCUGUUGCUCUCUACUGGGAACAGCAGCGCAGAAUCAGCCUGUGGUUCAGAAAGUUUUGGUUGAUUCCAAAGUGAUUCCCCAAUUGAUGGAGUUCGUAAGUACCACUACGGAUAUGAAACUAAAAGCGAAAGCGCUGAGAAGCGUGAGCUCUAUCAUUACUGGAUACGAAGAUGCUGAGAAGGUGUUUUUGUUCAAUAAUGGACUCAACCUCAUCAAAAGCAUCAUCGAGUCAGAUGACAACUCUUCUUCAGUGAAGCAGCGAGCUCUGUACUUGCUGUUGAAUUUGUGUUAUCGUCAAGUCAUGUUCCUGAGAAAGUUUUUAUCGAAGGAGCUGAUCACUCUUUUGGCUCAGAACUAUUUGGUUAGCGACGAUAUCGAUCUCAAGGAAACGUCUCUGCGGAUCGUUGACUUCGUUCUGUCGCUGGAUCGAAGAUCUUUUGAGAUUGCUGAUGUUCGGGAAGUCUUGAAAACAGCUUUGCCGUCGCUGAAUUCGUAUUGUAGCUUGCCAGAUACUCCUGAAGAAAUAAAGAAUCUCGUAAAACAUAUUGAAACGAUUGUAGCUUAAUAGU